GGUGUAGGCAUUACCUUAACAGGCGCAAAUGUAUGAAUUAGUUUAACAAUCGCGUUUUGAACGCCUGAAUUCUGACCCCUUUGACGUUCCAUAGUCUACCGGCAAAUGCAGCUUCCUUCUCAUUGGUUAAGGUUGAAUCAGAGGUCAAAGUUUAUUUUCUGUUGAAUGUUGCGCACGGUUGCGCAGUGAAGAGUUACCAUGGUAACGUGUAUCAAAAUCAGCUUAACCAGCACGAAAAAUUGGUCUAACAACAUAGCUAGAAAAUGUUUUAGCUGGCUAGUUAUGUUUGAACAAGCAGCAAACCUGAAGUGUAAGCUUAGACAGUAGCUAGUUAGCAUGCCAGCUUAGCUAUACUCAACAUUCAGUAGAUAAAGCUUGUCAAAGCAACACCAUAGCCAUGGCAGCGGAGAAGGAAAAGGGGCAGGCUACAAAAAGCAAAGAGGAAGGAAAUUUGAAAGUAUCCUACAUUUUCCCAAAUGGUGACAGAUAUGAAGGAGAGUGCAGCAAGUCCACAGACGGAAUCAUGGUGAGGAGUGGCAAGGGGAAACACACCUCAGCUACUGGUGUCACCUACACUGGAGAUUGGCAUGACGAUAAGAUGAAUGGCAGAGGGACUCUGGUGCAUCCCUCUGGGGCUAUGUAUGAAGGGGACUUCAAAGACAACAUGUACCAUGGCACUGGGACAUACAGAUUCCCUGAUGGGACCAAAUACUGCGGCAGCUUCAGCAAGAAUAGGUUAGAGGGAGAUGGCGAGUUCACAGACUCUCAGGGGCUUGUUUGGACUGGAGGCUUCCACAACAAAUCAGCACCUGGCUUGAAACUUAAACUCAACAUGUAAUUCAUGACAUGAUGUAAGAUGACAUAACUCAAGUCUUUGUUACGUUUUUAGUAACAUUUAUAGAAGAUAGAUAAUUUAAAAAGGAACCGAAUCAGACUCCAGUGACAGUUUAAAAGGACCAAAUGAAUGGCACCAACAAUGUCCUUAUAAAACUCCUUCAAUGACGCAUAAUGUCUUAAAGAGUUCUAUCAGUAGCAAAAUCUUUAAAUAACUAUAAAUAUAAGUUUGUAACACAACAGGAGUUACAUUUUUGUUAAUUCAGAGUAAGACCAAAGGCUUAAUCUAGUUUAUUAAUUUAAGUAUAUCAAAAACAAACUGUUAGCUAAGUUGUGUGGAAUCAAGGAAGUAUUUGAAGUCAUAGAAUGUCCUUUGUCAAUAAUGUGGAGAGAGAGUAUGUAUGUAAACUAAGAAUUCAUAAAUGGAAAAUGAUGCUGUAUAAGCUUUGUUCAGUACAAUUAACAGAGAAUGGAGUGAGAUUGAUUGCGAGCUCAAUCAGGAGUGGAGGAUUUGUGACUAUAGCUGUGGAGAAUGUACAGACACACAGCCGAAUGUAAUAUCAUAUCCCUUUCAGCUUUUGUGUUCUACCGGACAGGGUGGCCCUGCCUGCCCAGGUUUAGUCAUUGAGGCACUAGAGCCCUAAAUGUAGAAUUAUCAUACAGGGGGCCCCCGUAAGGACAUCCUGCUACCGGGGCCCGCAUCACCACAGUGCACCACUGCAUCUAUAGCUGGGUGUGUUUCUGGUCUCACAUCAGGCUCUCGGAUUGUGGCGUGAGCGGGCUGACCCUUCCAUAAUAAAACAAUCCUGUGUAAAUGUACAAGAUUAUGAAAACCAAGAAUAGUUGGCUAAAAUUGUUAGUGUGUGAAAUGCCCAUUCAAAUAGGUUACAGCUUACCUAAUCUUACCGUCCUAAUUAUUUAAUCAUCUUAAUUACCCUACUGGAAACAUGCGCUUUUUCUACAGUACUAUUCCGUUUUUAGUAAAUCAUGUUGGAAGUUAUCUCAAGAUAAUAGUUGUUUAUGCGAAAAAUAUUUUCAAAGCGGAUUUCUUGGACUUGAUUAUGAUUGUGGAGUGAUUAUGGAGCGGGUGCUUUUAUUAUUGUAUUUAUGCUAUUGUGCUGAUAACAGCAGCCAUUGUUAAGUGGAUCCAUUUUGAACACUCCCCAUUGUUUGUUGUUAUU